UCCAGUUAUCUGGAGCUUGCUUCUUAACAAAAUAUCUUUAUUCUGAAUUUUAUAGAAACCAAGAACCCCAAAUUCUCUAAAUUUUCUCUAAAAUAGCUUCAAAAGGAUUUUUCAAGGUGUUUUAAGCCAACAUGUUAAGUGAACACAUGGAUGCCAGUGAAAAAUCCCAACUGGUUAUGAUGGAGUUGGCAGAGACGAGAGGAACAUUGUCAGAGGAAGAGGAGGCUGUGCAAAACUGGCAAACCAUGGCAGCAGCUGCUAAUACCCGGUUACCUCUGAGUUUGCCUCCAGUUCCUUCUACUUCCCAAGCAAGUUUUAUGGAGUUUUCCAUGAGGGAACGUAUGCGAGAGAAGCUGAAGGCUGCACGGUCUAAAGCAGAAAGUGCCUUGCGAGAAGAAGUCUCAAGUUCACGAUCUCUGAAAAGUUUCAGAGAGAGGAAAUCGCACGUUAGACUGGUAAAUGAGUCAGGUGAAGACGAAUCACGUGCCAUGCAGGAGAAGGCAGCUAAGGUGCCUGCAAGAGUAAAGUUCCAGGACUCUGCCAGGAAGAUGAAACAAAAAUCCCAGAUCCAAACUGGUUAUCCCUCCUCUGAGGAAGCCUAUAACUUCUUCACUUUCAAUUUCGAUCCUGAGCCAGAGGAUGGAGGAGAGGAACCUCAAGAAAAGAAGAAAAGCUGCUCUGACCUGGGUGACGAUGAGGAAGAAGAGCAGGAGUCCGAUAUUGGCCACCAGGAAGAACAAACAGAGGGGGAAACGGUACCGUUGAAUGAAGAGGAACAUCCGUUUUGUGAUAAAGAGGACGAUGAUUUAUUCAUCAUAGAACAGGCAGCUGCUGACUUCCUAGUGGUUCGACCGACCGAAUACGAAAGCUACUCUGGACGAGUGCAGAAAGAGAGAGAACUGUUGUUCACUCCAAGCAUGCUAAGAGUGCCUGCCUCUCUAAAGGUACCGGAUAAUAUGCAGCCAAGGUACCUUGAAGAUGAAGGUCUGUAUACCGGAGAGCGACCGGCUGUGUCUCUGUCAAACCAAAACAUUAUGGAGAAUAGGCUUCUCCGGCAGGAACAGGAGAAAAAAUGGUUUGGCGAUGACGGCAACAUUUUGGCUUUGCCCAAUCCAAUUAAGCAAUCUUGUACGCGGCCUCCAAUAUUCUCAGUGGAGGAAGGAAAAGAGCUAGAACUGGAGACGUGUUAUAGAAAGGCCAUGAAAAUGAUGCCUGCGAGUCAGUACAUUGUGGGAUGUGAGGACCUUGGGGGGCAGUUCCAGCUGGAUGUUGAUAUUUCUGGGUUAAUAUUCACUCAUCACCCCUGCUUUAGCCGUGAACAUGUCUUGGCAGCUAAACUGGCUCAGCUGUAUGAUCAGUUCCUAUCAAGAAGACAGAGAAAUCUUUCCAGACUGCUUACAGAUAAGCUGCAUGGGCUGAGGAAUGCCCUCCACACUAUCUCGGGUACCAGUGAAAUGGGGGUCCUUCAUUCGGUUGCGCAACAGAGCAUUCCUGAAUAUAAGCAUGAAAUAAGGCAAACACGAAAACUUCGGGAUGCUGAGCAAGAAAGAGAUCGAGUGUUGCUGAAGGCCAUUGUCAAAGUAUGGAAGGAAAUCAAAUCCCUGCGUGACUUCCAGAAGUUUACUAAUACCUCCCUGAAGCUCUCCUUGAGAAAGGAAGAAGUUGAUAAGCGGACGGAUGAGAAGGCUUAUGAGGCAGAAAUUCAGGCUGAAAUAGCUGAAUUGGUGGAAGAAUACAUGGAGGAAUAUGAAAAGAAAAUGCAAGACUACAAAACUGAACUUCAGGAAUGGAAGUCUUGGAAGAGAGCUAAGAAGUCCAAGAAGAAGAAGAAGAAACGCUCCAGUCCAGAUACAGAGGAUGAAGCGGAAGAGCCUGAAUGUGUCGAAGAGCCUGUGAAACCCAUUCCUCCCCCGGCAGUUGACGGGCUGCAGGUGGAGCAGCAGGUUCGGGGAAAAGCUGCCGACAUUCGGCGGAGACCAGGAGAGCCAGUUUUAAUUCCUGAGCUAAGCAUAACAGGGAACGUCACUCCAACUGAGCUUUGUCCGAGGGCUGAAAUUUCAAGACGUGAAGAUGUGAAGAAACGAUCCCUGUUUUUAAAAGUCCUUUUCAACUCCAAAGAAGUGUCCAGGACAAUUUCCCGGCAAUUAAGCGUAGAGUUUCGGAUUCACUUUGGACAGAUUUUCAACUUGCAGAUAUUCAACUGGCCAGAGAGUUUGAAAUUGCAGAUAUUUGAAACAGUCGGCCAUGGCAGUGCACACUUGUUGGCCGAAGUGUUUGUACCGAUUCCUGAGACAACCGUUCUGACUGGUGGAGCUUCUAUAGAAGAAAUAGAAUUCAGCAGUGACCAGCGCGUGACGUUGGACCACGAAGGCGUGGGGAGUGGUGUACCAUUUUCAUUUGAAGCGGAUGGCAGCAAUAAAAUGACUUUAAUGACAUCUGGCAAAGUAUCUUACAGUGUUUCCUGGGCAGUUGGAGAAAACGGGGUGCCCUUAAUUCCUCCAAUAUCACAGAAAAAUGCUGGGCUCUCCAGUGCUGUAAAAACUAUUGAUGCCCUCGCAACUGUUGGCACAUCAGGAGUAACAGACAAGAAGAAGCUGGUCAAGUGGGCAGCAGAGUCCAAGCUGGACCCAAAUGACCCAGGCAACGCAGCCCUAAUGCAGCUGAUAACGGUUGCCAGCAGUGGAGACGCUUCUGUUCCCGAUUUCUUCAGGCUGGAGCAACUGCAACAGGAAUUUAAUUUCGUUUCUGACGAGGAAUUCAACAGAUCCAAAAGAUUUCGAAUUCUUCAGCUCAGAAAUGGAGAGGUGGCUGAAUUUCGAAGCUAUAAACAUGUUCCGUUACUAGAAAGAGAAAUCAGUGAAAGAAUCUUCCAGGACUAUGAAAAAAGGCUGCUGGAGAGGGACGCUGUUGACACCAGAGACUACCUGGAUGCGCACAGAGCUUUAGUUGCAAAGUACCUCCAAAAGGUGAGAGAAUCAGUAAUCAACCGGUUCCUGAUGGCAAAGCACCAUUUUCUUCUUUCUGAUCUGGUCAAUGAAGAAGAAAUCCCGAGUCUUGGUAUUUUGGGACUCAGUCUUUUUAAAUUGGCGGAGCCCAAACGUCCCCUGAAACCAAGACGAAAGGAAAGGAGAAAAGUCCCUGCCCAGAACCUCUCAGAUGGUGACAUCAGCCUCUUGGUGAACAUCAUUAGAGCUUAUGAGAUUCCUGUAAGAAAGCCAGAAGGCAGCAAACUUCAGCAGCCAUCUAAAUCAUCACGGACCUUCAACGAGAUGUUUGCUGCCUCUAUGAACCUGCAGAGCCCAACCCACCCUGCAGAUUGGGCAUUUAACCAGGUUUUAGUGCAACCUUUUGUAGAAGUUUCUUUUCAGCGAACAAUUUGUCGGACAACAACUGCCGAAGGGCCAAAUCCCAGCUGGAAUGAAGAGCUUGAACUUCCAUUUCGAGCCUGCAAUGGUGACUACAGCUCUUCCAGUCUGCAGUCAGUGAAGGACGACGUGUUCAUUAAUGUUUUUGACGAAGUGCUAUACGACGUCCUAGAGGAUGAUCGUGAAAGAGCGAGUGGAGGCGUCCACACUCGUGCGGAGAAGCACUGGCUUGGAUCAGUUCGGAUUCCAUUUACAACUAUAUAUUUUCAAGGAAGAAUUGAUGGCACGUUUAAGAUAGAUACUCCCCCAGUUCUUCUGGGGUAUAUCAAGGGGAAAAAUCUAGGAAUUGAAAGAGGCUACGAUUCCGUUCGAAAUCUGACUGACGGCUCCUAUAUAUCACUUUUCAUUACUGUUGAACCUCAGCUCAUCCCUGGAGAAUCAGUUCGGGAAAAGUUUGACAGCCAGGAAGAUGAGAAGCUUCUCCAAGCAGCUGAGAAGUAUCGAGCUGAAUGUCUGUUCAAGUUUUCAAGCCGCCCAUGCCUGACAACCGUCAUUGACAUUAAUGGGAAAACAGUCUUUGUUACUCGAUACAUCAAACCUCUGAACCCACCGGAGGAGCUCCUUCGGGUCCAUGCCGACAAUCCCCAAGCAACUUCUGAAGCGGUGGCCUGGUACGUUGCCUUGAUUCCUUUUUUGCCCGAUAGUGUAUCAUUUGCUGGAAUAUGUGACUUGUGGAGUACGUCAGAUCACUUCCUUGAUCUUUUGGCUGGAGACGAAGAAGAACACGCUGUACUCUUAUGUAAUUAUUUUCUUGCUCUUGGCAAAAAGUCCUGGCUUCUAAUUGGAAACGCAAUUCCUGAGGGAAGAACAGCUUAUGUGCUCACUUGGGAACAAAACCAGUAUGUGAUCUGGAAUCCCAGUAAUGGCUGUUUUUAUGGACAGUAUGAUACUUUCUGUCCACUGCAAAAUGUAGGCUGCCUAAUUUCUGGUGACAAUGUUUGGUUCAAUAUUCAACAAUAUGAUUCCCCGCUAAGGAUAAAUUUUGAUGUCAGCAAACCCAAACUAUGGAAACCUUUUUUUUCAAGAAGUUUACCAUUUCCGGGCCUCUCCACUGUGCAGCCUGAAGAACUGUUUUACCAGCACGUGGACAAGGCAGCUGCGCUAGAACUGCAGGGCAGACUUGAAAAGAUUUUGAAAGAGAAGAUCAUGGAAUGGAGGCCCAGGAACUUGACACGGUGGAACAGAUAUUGUACCUCCACCCUAAGGCAUUUCUUGCCUCUGCUAGAAAAGCAUCAGGGCAAAGAUGUAGAAGAUGACCAUCAGGCGGAAUUACAAAGACAGCUGGGAGACUACAGGGUUUCAGGAUUUCCUAUUCACAUGCCAUUUUCAGAAGUUAAUCCUUUAGUAGAAGCAGUCUAUAGCACUGGAGUCCAUAACAUUGAUGUUCCAAAUAUAGAGUUUGCCUUAGCAGCGUAUGUUCACGCUUACCCUAAGAACAUUCUGUCGGUGUGGGUAUAUGUUGCCUCGCUGGUUCGUAACAGAUGAAAGCUCAAUUAUGACUCAAGCUUCAGCUCUUCCCACCGAAGCAUUACACAGAUAAUUUUACUAUUUGAAUUCUUAAAUUGUAUGGUACCAUUGUUUGUAUCCUUUCUAUUGUCAGAGAUUCUUGGUUUAUAUUUUUCUACAUUAAAGACAAAAGCCACACAUUUUAA